UAGCCUCUUUGAACAUCAAAGAUUUCUCCUUCUACUAGGUAUACCUUUCCCAAAUACCUUCCAUAGGACCGCAUUCUAGGAAGAGUAAUAGGUUACGAUCGACGAGAUAAAACUUGUAGUCGUUUUGUAGCAGUACUAGUCUUGAAAACCCUCGGUGGGAUUUUAGCUUUCAACUUCUAUGCUUUCUCUGGCGUUUGCGUGGGAACGUAGUUAGCUUCUUCUUUGUCUGCAGGCGGCACGUAUUGUCCGGCUGCUUGAUAGUACUUAUUUAUCUCGUCAGUAGAACGGUGAGGUCAAACAAGAAAGUUAACACUGAGAUAUAAAUAUGGUUGGAACAGUGCAGCCACAGUUAAAAGUGCCGAUUGUUGUGGAUAAUCCAGAUGGCUGGGGACCUCCCGAAGGCCCUGCUUUUCUAGAAAAUCAGCUGCAGAAUGUACCUUAUGCACCUUUCUCCAAGGGGGAAAAGCUUGGGAGGGUGGCAGAUUGGACAAGGAAUUAUAAUGCCAGGCCUAAUACAAGGGGUGGGCAGGAGUAUUCAGUCUUCGAUUUUGCAUUUGAUGAGGCAGAUGAGGAGUCAUUUCGUUUGGUUGAUGGAAAGCCCCCUCCAAAGCCCAAGUUUGGCCCCAGGUGGAGGUUUCAGCAGCAUAGGCAGCUCCCUCAGAGGAAAGAUGAGGAAGUUGAGGCGAAGAAGAGGGAAGCCGAGAAGGAGCGGCAGCGCCGAGAUCGGUUUUACAAUCAGAACAGGAACAACAUGCAGCGUAGGGAAGCGGCAGUAUUCAAAAGCUCUGUAGACAUCCAGCCUGAGUGGACCAUGCUUGAUCAGAUUCCCUUCACUAGUUUCUCUAAAUUGAAUUACAGUGUUGGUGAGCCAGAGGAUCUAGUGCUUUGCGGUGCACUUGAAUACUAUGAUAAGGGGUAUGAUCGAGUCACACCAAAGAGUGAGAAGCGCCUGGAGCGUUUCAAGAACAGGAACUUCUUCAAGGUAACUACAACCGAUGAUCCUGUGAUAAGACGCCUUGCAAGUGAGGACAAGGCUGUUGUUUUCGCCACUGACACAAUCCUGGCUACACUGAUGUGUGCACCUCGGUCAGUGUAUUCAUGGGAUAUUGUAGUCCAGAGGGUGGGCAAUAAGCUGUUUUUUGACAAGAGGGAUGGGUCUCAGUUGGAUUUGCUGUCUGUAAAUGAAACCUCGCAGGAGCCUUUGCCGGAAUCAAAAGAUGACAUAAAUUCUGCUCAUUCUCUCAGUGUUGAGGCAGCAUAUAUCAACCAGAACUUUUCGCAGCAAGUUCUGGUUAGAGAUGGCAAUAAGGUGGAGUUUGAAGAACCCAAUCCGUUUGCCUCAGAGGGUGAGGAGGUUGCAUCUGUUGCUUAUCGUUAUAGGCGUUGGAAAUUGGAUGAAGAUAUAUCAUUGGUUGCAAGGUGUGAGGUCCAUAGUGUUAUGGAUUUAAGGGGCCAAACACAGUUUCUAACUUUAAAUGCUCUGAAUGAAUUUGAUCCUAAGUUUUCUGGAGUUGAUUGGCGUCAGAAAUUGGAAACUCAACGAGGUGCUGUUUUGGCAACUGAACUCAAGAACAAUGGAAAUAAGCUUGCAAAAUGGACUACUCAAGCCCUUCUUGGCAGUGCAGAUGUUAUGAAGCUAGGUUAUGUGUCUAGGGUUCACCCUCGGGAUCACUUCAACCACGUUAUUUUAUGUAUUCAGGGGUAUAAGCCCAGAGAAUUUGCUAUGCAAAUCAAUUUGAACACUUCUAAUAUGUGGGGUAUUGUCAAAUCAAUCGUUGAUCUCUGCCUAAAACUGAACGAAGGAAAGUAUGUGUUUGUCAAAGAUCCUUCAAAGCCACAGUUGCGUAUAUAUGAAGUUCCUAAUGAUGCAUUUGAGAAUGAUUAUGUUGAAGAACCUCUUCCCGAGGAAGAACAGGUGCCUCCUCCAGCAGAGGAAGAAACUGCAGCCAAGCUGAAUGAAGAGAAGGAUGGUGAUGCAGAUGUGUAGGAGUGGAAACUGAGAUUGGAGAUAUUUCUAAUUACCUUAGAUUUAGUUUUGUAGUUGUUGGAUUUGUUAAGGAAGAGUUCACUGCUUAAUUGUAUCAUUUUCUAGUGAGCACUUGUUUUAAGUGCAUUGAGAUGGAAAUGCAAGCCUAAGCGCUAUAAACCUUUUAUUUACGCUGUAACUUAUUAAUCAAUGUUAUUGGAAGCUUUAAUAUCUA